AUGAGUUCUUCUUUGGGUGUCGUUCUCGGUGGGAUUUUUGCUCUUGUUGUUGCCGGAUAUAUAGCUCAAAGUCGUCUUCCUCCGCCAAAACCAAAAAUUAUGGGAAUAGACCUAGGGACGACGUUUUCAUGUGUUGGUGUUUAUCAAGCUGUAACAGGCCAUGUUGACAUCCUGGCCAACGAGAACGGCAGCAAAGUUAUUCCCAGCGUUGUAGCCUUUACCGAUAAUGGAGUUUUAGUUGGUAACAGAGCCUUGGCUCAAGCUGAAUUGAAUCCUAGAUCAACUAUUUAUGACGCAAAACGUUUCAUUGGGAAGAAGUUCUCGAAAGAUGAUUUACGAAAACUGUCUUCACUCUACCAGUUCAAGAUCACUUCUGAUGAAAAAGACAAUCCUAAGUUCGUGAUCGAAAGCCAUGGAAACCAGACUUUAGUAUCACCUGAAGAGAUCGGUGCUGCUAUAUUAAGGGAAUUGAAAAGGACAGUUGAGAAAAAUAUCAGUAGAUCUGUUAACCAAGCGGUUAUGUCGGUUCCUGCUGAAUUCAACAUGGCCCAGAGAAAUGCCACUGUUAAGGCUGCUUCUCUCGCGGGGAUCAACGUUGUCCGUGUUAUAAACGAACCAACAGCGGCAGCCAUGGCUUAUGGCCUUCAUAAGAAGGCAGGAGUCGCCAAUGUUAUGGUAGUGGAUCUAGGUGGUGGUACAUUAGAUGUUUCCCUACUGAAUAUCCAAGGUGGAAUGUUUGUUACCAUGGCUAUGGCUGGUAAUAAUAGACUGGGAGGGCAAGAUUUCAAUGUCAGACUUAUGUCUUAUUUAAUGGCAGUGAUAAAAGAGAGAUUUGGACAAGACCUGACAAAUGCUGAAGACAUCCAGCGUCUGAGGCAAGAAGUUGAAUCAACUAAAGUCAACUUGACAUCACAGGACUGGGUCAUAGUCCGAUUACCCUUACGUUCCCUAAAUCAAGGGAAGAAACUUGCGAUAUUCGAGGAGAAGGUUUCAAGAUUAACUUUUGAAAAGUUAAAUGAAGAUUUGUUUCAAAAAGUUCUACAACCCAUUGAAAGAGUAUUGAGCGAAGUUGAACUUCCAAAGGAGUAUGUUGAUGAAGUGGUAUUAGUUGGUGGGUCUACAAGGGUUCCUAGAGUGCGGCAACUCAUCAAGGAAUAUUUCAAUGGAAAGGCUCCAAAUGUAUCUAUAGACCCUGAGCUUGCAGUGGCGACAGGAGUUGCUAUACAGGCAGGCAUUAUUGGGGGAAUGUGGCCACUCCAGGUGUCAGCUCUAGAACUGCCUAAUCACGACUUAAAGAAGAUCCAAAUAGAUUCUUAA